CGGGCAGGUUUCAGUUUUACAGAGACUUGCUAUAGAGAAGGUAAGAGAAUACACACUUAGUUCUGAACUAAACUUUAGAUCUACUGGCAUGGAACAAUGGCUAUAUUCCUAAACUAGGAAUGACAUACUGAAAUCUGAGUAUGAGAUGGAUCAACUAUAGGGACUUUUUUAAAUAUGUUUUAUUUUAUUUUAAUUUUGGUUGAAGAAGCAGCCUUCACACUCCUGGAGCAGAAGAAGUGGAACAUCUAUUUCUAAACCACCUAUACACAGGCACAGCAUCAAAGUAGAGAGUCUAUUGUUGAGGUAGUUCAAUCAGUUAUAGCUCACCUGUACCUCUCCAGUGACUCCUCUGUCCCGCUACAGGGCACAGGUGAAACUGACAGACAUGUCCACCGGCUCAGUAAGCGAUGGAGAGGACAUUGAGACGCGUCACAAACGGACAGAUGCACCGUUCGACAGCGGCAAAACCAAACGGAACAUUGCACAGAGCCACUACACUUCCGCCGAGUACUCAGACAACGAGUUCGGUAACGAUGGCAGUUAUGAAGUCAAGACCAAGCGAGCGCGCGUCACUGCUGCCGGAGGAAAACAACUUGUGAAGGGGCGGCAGACGCAAAGGAAUGCUGCAAACGCCAGAGAGAGGGCGAGGAUGAGGGUGCUGAGCAAAGCGUUUACCAGACUGAAAACGAGCUUGCCGUGGGUACCGGCCGAUACCAAGCUGUCCAAACUGGACACGCUGCGUCUAGCAUCCAGUUAUAUUUCACACCUCCGACAGCUAUUACAAGACAACGUCUUCGAGAGCAGCUUCGUACACCCUGUCAACCUGACUUGGCCAUUUGUUGUAGGUAGAUCAGAGGACAACAAGGACAUCUCUACAGACAGACUCUGUGGCGCUACAUCAUAGGACAGGAGGGACUGUCUCUCUGCUGGGACUGUCUCUCUGCUGGGACUGUCUCUCUGCUGGGACUGUCUCUCUGCUGGGACUGUCUCUCUGCUGGGAGUGUCUUCUUCUACCACUACAGUACUGCACUAUAUAGGGAAUAGGGUGGAUGCCAUUUGGGACAAAUUCCAAGUAUUUUUUUUGUCCUAUGUCUAAUAAUAUUAGGCUAUUCCAUAUCGGUGAUUUCUUUAUGGACUUUUAUGGAUCAUUUUAUUGUCUUAGAUUGGCAGGUUGAUGUUGCUUUCAUAUCCAGUCCAGACAGUGAUGAGGAAACAGGACAGUGGAAAAAUAAGACUAACAGCAUUGAUCUCUCUCUCUCUCUCUCUCUCUCUCUCUCUC